GAAAGUCUGAAAGACGUCUAUCUUGUCGUCAAGUAAUUUUAUUUUUUUGUGGUUUCAUCCAAAAGUCCAAUUUGGGUCUCUAUAGAUCGGUGGAGCAGCUGGUAAAGACUUAAUCUUUUUGUCUGUCUUCUUUCAAUUCAAGAUUGUUUUUUUCAACCUGCUUUGUUUGAAAUGAGUUGAUGGGUGUUAUGUUAUUUCUGACUAAAGGAAAUUGAUGAGUGUGUUGUGAUAUGGGUCAGUGUUUUUGUGUGUAUACCAAUUGUUUUGCUUAUUGUUGUGGUAGAUAUAGCCUGUUUGUUUGUACCUCGACUAUUGUACUUAGUAUUAGUGACCACCCAUUAGCACAAAUAUCGAAUAAAUCUGUUCACAUCUAUUAGAUAGAUGGAAAGAAAUGACCUUUAGUGGGAUCUGAACUCGGUUUCUGUGUAGAUCAGUUGGUUGGAUAUCUGAAUUUUCACCUCGUUGGUGGUGAGGGCUUGAUUCUCCACAUUGUUAUCCACUCCCUAUUUCCCCUACCCCAAUUUUAAAAAAAUGGUUUCUUAUCAAGUAACAAUUAUACCAGAUGAAAAAGAAAUUUAGUUUGCGAUAGGUUGUUCAGUUAGCUUUCUAAGGAGGAGGUUAUGCAUUAGGUAGGGGUUGGAUUUUAGUUAGUCACACUAGUCCUGUUUAUUUGAGUGUUUUCUUUGUUUAGGCAGUAGCCUUUUGAGUUUCUGGAGGGAGGGGUUUACUGGGAAUUUAUGUGACUGAACCAUAAUUAAACCCACUGGUGCAGAUAUGUAUCGUUAGGUAGAUGUUGUGUAUCUUUGGCGUGGUAUCCGAAAGAGGAUUUUAUUGAAAAUAUAGAUUGGUGCAGUAUAUUUGUUGGUGUGUCAUUGCUAACCAAUUUGAGCUGUUGUUUAAAACUCCAAGACCUCGGGAUUCACUGGAUGCUUUUAGUGUCUGCUUGAAUUUAUGGUGAAUAUCAUCUGUAACAACAUGUGUGUUGAUGGUUGUUUUCUAUGGUUGUUGCAAUCUGGAACCUUUCUGUUUUUUCUUUUGGCGGUUGCACAUUUUGAUCACUAUAGUGAUCUUUAUGUAUUUCCAUCACAAUAAUCAUGGGUCUAAUAGGUCAUAAAUAAAGCUUUGUCUUUUCAUAUCAGCAAUAGCUAUUCCCAUUCAAUGAAUUAAAGACCUUUUAUCAAUUCGAAGACUAAAUCACCCAAUAUCCUUAGACAAAUCACACACUUAAUGUGACGUUUUCAUGACCCAAAAUGAAAAUUGCUUUUUUUCAGUGUGUCUAACAUGUUUAAUUUUAAUUAUGUUUAUAGAAUCUAAACAUUCAGUGAUCUUCCGUAAUCUUUUCCUGGCUAUAUGUAUUUUUUCUUUUCAGGAAGUUAUUGUUCUUUGCCUGAGCUACUAUUUUGGAGUUGGGUGUCUUCUUCUUAAUUUAGCUUGAGAAUGGAAAAUCAUGGAAAGAAGGUGUUGCUUACUUCCAAUGGUGAUGACAUUUGCAAUAACAUUGCUUACCAUUUAGCUCAGAGGGGUUGCCAAUUGGUUUUGAUGGGAAAUGAGCACCAGCUGAAGAGUGUAGCAGAGAAUAUAAAGCAAUCUCUAAAGGGUAGCGUUGCAAUAGAAGUUGUGGGAUUGGAUAUGACGGAGGAUAGAGAAACUGCUUUUGAUGAAGCUGUGGGCAAGGCAUGGAAGAUAUUUGGGAAGUUGGAUUCCUUGGUACACUGCUAUGCUUAUGAAGGGAAAAUGCAAGAUCCGCUGCAGCUAAUUGAUGACGAGUUCAAAAAAAUUGUCAAAAUAAAUUUUAUGGCUGGAUGGUACCUGAUGAAAUGUAUUGGUAACAGAAUGCGAGACAGUAAAUCCGGAGGAUCCAUUGUAUUUAUGACCUCGAUCAUUGGUGCUGAGAGAGGAAUAUAUCAAGGAGCUGCUGCUUAUGGUUCAUGUGCGGCUGGAAUUCAGCAGCUGGUUAGGUUAUCUGCAAUUGAAUUGGGGAAGCACCAAAUUAGGGUGAAUGGCAUAAUGCGUGGCUUGCACCUCGAGGAUGAGUUUCCUUUGUCAGUGGGUAAGGAGAGAGCAGAGAAGUUGACCAAGGAAGCAGCGCCUCUAAAUCGAUGGCUUGAUGCUAAAAAGGAUCUGGCUUCCACUGUCAUCUAUUUAAUCAGUGAUGAUUCAAGAUACAUGACUGGAACCUCCAUUUUUGUUGAUGGUGCCCAGUCUCUAGUGAGGCCGCGAAUGCGCUCAUACAUGUGAAGUUUCUAAAUUAUAUGUAUGAAUGGAGCCAUAGACACUGGAAUUCUAUUGUAGUAUUGUGUAAAAGCACAAGCAUCAGGGGAAGUACUAUGAGCUUUUUGGAUUUUCUUCUAUUGUAUUUGUUUAAGUUUUCAAUAAGGAUGACAUUCUUCUUUUUCCUCCUCAUUUCUGUUGUGAUUUAGCUUAAACUUUAAUCUAUUUUAAGUGAGAAUUUGUUGUGUG